AUGUCCCAGCACUGGCUGGCCACGGGCAGGGCCUCGCCCAGGCUGGUGCUGGCCGUGGUGUUCGUGGCUCUGCUGCUGGACAACAUCCUGCUCACUGUUGUGGUACCCAUCGUCCCCACCUUCCUCUACAUGACCGAGUACGAAGGUGCCAAGAGCUCCGUGAGCCCAACCCUGCCCGAGCCAACUCCCGCAGCCCCCGGGGCUCCUCCUUUCUCCGGUUCUGACACCACCACCGUGCCCGUUCGGGGCUUCACCAGCGCCGGGAAUGGGACGAGGAGCAGCCCCCCAGGACCCCCCGCCAGGGGCUGCCUGCAGGGUGGGGAGUUCCUGGCCCAGGAGAACACCCGAGUGGGGCUGCUCUUCGCCUCCAAGGCUCUGGUCCAGCUGCUGGUCAACCCCUGGGUGGGUGUGCUGACCAACAGGAUCGGAUACCACAUCCCCAUGUUCCUGGGCUUCACCAUCCUGUUCCUGUCCACAGUCAUGUUUGCUUUCUCAGGCACCUACACCCUGCUGUUCAUCGCCAGAGCCCUCCAAGGCAUCGGCUCCUCCUUCUCCUCGGUGGCAGGCCUGGGGCUGCUGGCCAGCGUCUACCCGGACGACUCAGAGAGGGGCAGAGCCAUGGGGACCGCGCUGGGGGGCCUGGCCUUGGGCGUGCUGAUCGGGGCCCCCUUUGGGAGUGUCAUGUACGAAUUUGUGGGGAAAGCUUCGCCCUUCCUGGUCCUGGCCUUCCUCGCCCUCUUGGAUGGAGCUCUGCAGCUCUGCAUCCUGCAGCCCUCCCGUGUCUCCCCCGAGGGCACCAAAGCCACGCCGCUGACCACCCUGCUGCGAGACCCCUACAUCCUGGUGGCCGCAGGGGCCCUGUGCUUCUCCAACAUGGGUGUGGCCAUGCUGGAGCCCACGCUGCCCAUCUGGAUGCUGCAGACCAUGUGCCCCCCGCAGUGGCAGCUCGGGAUGGCGUUCCUGCCUGCCAGCAUCUCCUACCUCGUUGGCACCAACCUCUUUGGGAUUCUGGCUAACAAGAUGGGCAGGUGGCUGUGCUCCAUGAUUGGGAUGGCUGUGGUGGGAAUCAGCCUCCUCUGUGUCCCUCUGGCCACCAACAUUUACGGGCUGAUCGGCCCCAACGCCGGCCUGGGCUUUGCCAUAGGGAUGGUGGACUCCUCCAUGAUGCCCAUCAUGGGCUACCUGGUGGACCUGCGCCACACCUCAGCCUACGGCACCGUGUACGCCAUCGCCGACGUGGCCUUCUGCAUGGGCUUCGCCGUGGGUCCCUCCACGGGCGGGGCGAUCGUGCGAGCCCUGGGUUUCCCCUGGCUGAUGGUCGCCGUCGGGGCGCUGAACGUGGCGUACGCGCCGCUCUGCCGCCUCCUGCGCAGCCCCCCGGCCGCCGAGGAGAAGAUGGCCAUCCUGAGCCAGGAGUGCCCCAUGCAACCCAAAAGCUACACCCCGAAGGAAGCCCAGCGGGAAUUAUCCCUCACGGAGGAGGCGGAAAACGUGGAAUAG